GGCUCCGGCUCCGCGGUCGUCUGCCUGGUCGUGCCCGCCGGCAGCGCGGAGGCCUCAGGGGUGCUGGCGGUGUGCGCUGUUCCCGCAGCCGGCCGGGGCAGGGCCAGGCGGGGACAAAGGUGGCUGGGCGUCUUCAUGAAUAACUUAAAUGAUCCUCCCAACUGGAACAUCCUGCCGCAUCACAGAGAGCCCAGGGAUGAAGGCAGCAGGUGGAAUUAUGCCUUGCUGGUCCCCAUGCUGGGUUUGGCUGCCUUCCGCUGGAUCUGGACCAGAGAAUGUCAGAAAGAAAUAGAAAGAGAAAAAAGAGAAUAUUAUAAAAAGCAGUCAUCUUUACAAAAAGACCUGGAAGCCAAAUACCGGGAUAUAAUCACAGAAAAUCGUCGUGCAGUUGCACAUUUGGAGCUGGAGCUUGAAAAGGAACGCAACAGGACCCUGAGUUACCGUGAAGCCCUCGUGUCCCAGAGUCGCAAACUGGUGGAAGAAAGAAGGACCCUAGAGCAGGAGCAAGAGAAGUUAGAGAGAGAAAAAGAAGUUCUUUUGCACUCGGGAGCAGCAGGAACCUUGUACCAAAGCUGUCUGGCAAAGGAAGAGGAGUGGCAGAAGAGAGCCAACACUUUACUAAAAGAAUUUGAAGAUGGGCUUAAAGAAAGACAGGAAAUCUACUGCAGUUUUGUAGUCCCUAAAAGCCAGAGACUAGAAAUAGAGAAAAAUCUGCUAGUUAAAGCAGCAACUGAUCCAGUUGCUAUGGCUUUACAUAUGGAAAGUGGCUUAAAAGAUAUUUUCAAACAUGAUAACUAUUGUGGCAAUCUGAUGAACAAAAGCAGAAGUCAGAACGGAAGGCUGAUGUGGCUGUAUUUGAGAUACUGGGAACUAGCUAUUGAAUUACAGAAGUUCAAAAGGGUAGAAAAUGUAAUGUUAGGAAAACGUUAGGGGAAAUAAUGGUGAUUUAUACAAUCUACUAUGAAGAUGAGGGACAACCACAGCUAUAGUCUGAAGCUGAUAAGUUCUCUUUCUGCAUUGCAGUUUCUGCUCUUCGUUGCGUUUGUAUCUGCAUGGGACUUGCAGUGUUGUUUAACAACAGAUGCUCCAGUGAGCUGUGCAUGCUCUAAAACUGUGUUUGUGUAUCUCUGUAUUACACUGCAGUCUGCAGUACAAGCUUCAGUAGGUCUCAGAAGCAGCAAAAGAAUUUGAUUUAGAGUAAUUUACCCAGGUCAUAGUCCAUCAACAAAGAAGUGGAAUUUUUCUUCCUUAAGUAGAUGAUAAUGUCAUGCUCCUUAUUCCUGAUGUUCUGCACAGUGUCUCAACACUAUCUUUCACUUUUCAGCAGAAUUUGGAAGAAACCAUAAUUGAGUAAGGUGCCUGUCACAUAAUGUGUGUGCAUAUAUACAUACAUUUAUAACAAUAUGUAUGUAUGUUUGUGUACAU